UCCCAAAACCGUGAUGCUCCCCUUGAUUGCACGCAUCGGAUAUGCUCCCACAUAUUCGCUUCCCCCGUCUUCUUCCUCCCCUGCCGGUGCUGCCUGCCUCCUACUACUACUACUACUACUUAGCUACUGCUGCUCCAACCAACACCCACCUCUGGCCUCCAUCCGCCCUAUAUUAAGCUCAGCGUCGCCAGUGCUUCGCCCUCCUCAUUCUCGUUCCAGCAGUUAGGUGAUCUAUCUACCUAGUUAUAUUGUCUUGGCUACAGAGAUAUACCAAAUCAGAAUCGAUGAAGUUCGGCAAGCGGCUCAAGAAGCAGAUCGAGGAGAGCCUGCCCCAGUGGCGGAGCCACUUCCUCAACUACAAGGAGCUCAAGCGCCGCGUCAACGCCGUCUCCUCCGCGGCGCCCUCCCCGGCCGCCGAGGCCGACUUCCUCACGCUCCUCAACGCCGAGGUCGACAAGUUCAACGCCUUCUUCCUCGAGCAGGAGGAGGAGUUCGUCAUCAGGCAGAGGGAGCUGCAGGAGAGGAUCCAGCGGGCGGCCGAGGCCAAGCCCUCGCCGGCGGCGGACGCCGAGGUCGCCCGCAUCCAGCGCGAGGUCGUCGACUUCCACGGCGAGAUGGUGCUGCUGCUCAACUACAGCAGCAUCAACUACACGGGCCUCGCCAAGAUCCUCAAGAAGUUCGACAAGCGCACCGGCGGCGUGCUCCGCCUCCCCGUCAUCGCCGGCGUCCUGCAGCAGCCCUUCUUCACCACCGACCUCAUCUCCGAGCUCGUCAGGGACUGCGAGGCCAUGAUGGAGACCGUCUUCCCGGCCUCCGCCACCGCCGCCGUCUCCGCCGCCACCAGGGACCUCGAGAAGCGCCAGGCGCUCGCCGCCGCCGAGCAGAGCAUCUUCCGCAACACCGUCGCCGCGCUGCUCACCAUGCAGGAGGUCCGCAGCGGCAGCUCCACCAUCGGCCACUUCUCGCUGCCGCCCAUGGCGCCGCUGCCGGAGUCCGACUGGCUCCUCCAGUCCGUCCAGCCGCCGGCGUCGCCCCUCAUCCCCACGCAGUGAUCCAGGUGUCCUGCUGCGGAUGCGAUGCGAUUCACCACCUCCCGCCUAUGUCCUCCGUUGCACGACAACUGAUGAGCAACGCACCAAUUAAUUAAUACGUAUAAUGCGGUGCUAUAAUUAAAUUAACUAUUAGAGGCUACCGUUUUUAUUUUAUUUUAUUUUUUUGUCACGAAAUGCGCUGCAGUGUUAUCUAUAUAUACAAAUGCUGAAAAGAUCAGAUGUGUAAUUAUCAGCCUGUAAUAUCACUCCCUUUUCCUUAACUUUAGAUGUGUGCCCUUGUCUUGACUACUAGUAGGACUAUAUAUAGGGUUAAAUAAUGUAACAAGCAGGAUCAAUCAGCAUUGUUCUUGCAGUGAAUUUUUACCGGCAAAUCCAGCACCAUGCUGCGGAUCAAAGUUGCUCAAA